UCUCCUCUAAAUUCUCAAAUCCUCUAAAAAAAACAAAAAAAAUUUCAUCUCCAAGCUUCAUUUCCGCCAUUAAUCCUUUCUUCAAGCUUUCUCUCUCCUCUCACUUUCUCUCUCUUCUGUAGUGUAUGGCAGUACAACUAUUCUCUAAUGAAAUAUCUGACCUCUGUCUCGGGAAGCCGCCGCUGAGGCCUCUCCCUGCCUCCGCCACCGUCGCCGACGCUCUUUCACUUUUCCGGCGAUCUUCCGGCGAUCCUUCGCUCAGCGUUUGGUCUUCUCCGGUCGCCGGAGAAGCUUCCAAGUGCAUUGGCAAGAUUUCGAUUGUUGAUGUUUUGUGUUUUCUUUGUAAGGAAGAGAAUAUCUCGACUCCUUUUGUUGCUUUGAUUUCUCCGGUUUCUGUUCUUCUUCCUGACGGUCCUCCUCUCGUCAAGCAAUUGGAUCCUACAUCUAGUAUUCUUGAUGCUGUAGAUUGCAUCCUCGAAGGAGCUCAGAGUCUCAUAGUUCCAAGGAAGAGCCGCAACUCUGGCAGCCCAAGGCAGAAGCUUUCUCAGAAACCUUCUGUGGGCCGCACAUACUGUUGGAUCACCCAAGAAGAUAUAAUUCGCUUCAUCUUCAAUUCCAUCAACCACUUCUCUCCCAUCCCAUUUAACUCAAUCCAAUCUGUCAACAUAAUUGAGGAGAAAAUCCCAUCUGUACAUUACGACGAUCCAGCCUUGUCUGCCCUCAGAGCAAUCAACAACUCACUCUCCGGUCAAACUGCUGUGGCAGUGGUAGACGACGAGGGUAGAUUGGUUGGUGAGAUUUCACUUUAUACUCUCGCUUGCUGUGACGAGACUGUUGCUCCUGCAGUUGCGACCCUUUCAGCUGGCGAUCUGAUGGCUUACAUUGACUAUGGUGGUGCGCCAGAAGAUCUGAUUCAGUUGGUGAAGGCAAGGUUGGAAGAGAAGAAAUUAGAUGGAUUCUUGGAGCUCUUAGAAGAUGAUCAUUCGACAUUGUCAGUUUCUUCCUGUUUAAGUUCAACGUCUUCUUCCUCAUCUGAUGAUGAAGCUGUUGUAAAAAGCAUGCGCUCCAGAUCAAAUUCUGCACGAUUUGCUAGGGGAACUGAGCCCAUUGUUUGCCAUCCUGGGAGCUCUUUGAUUGCGGUGAUGAUACAGGCAUUGUCACAUCGUUUGAAUCACGUUUGGGUUGUCGAAGAAGAUUAUAGCUUGAUCGGCAUUGUCACUUUUACUAGUAUGUUAAAAGUUUUCCGGGAUCGUGUUAAUUCCUUUUCCUGAUUUUCAUUACGACUUAUCAACCGUUAAUCCUGUCAUAUUAUGACAACGAGAUUUAUUGUACUAUUAAUAUUGUUUGAUUAUUAUUUGUUCGAAUUAAGUACGAUAUGAUUAUGAUAUUGUGCUGUUGCUGUUGAGGAGUUCAUCCGUAAAAGCUUUUGUCGUCAUUUUAGAGGUAA